AAAAUUGUUAUUUAUACGUAGAUUUUAUCUAAUAAAAAAAAAACAAUAUUUGUAUGGCAGGAAACGAGCAAGAAAAGGGUCAUCCAUGUCAUCUUUGUAAAGAGUUUUACGCCACUGAACCUAACCUCCAUACAUGUCGGCAUAGGCAUGAAACCUCCACAACACCACCAGGCUUUUGGGAAAUUGAUUUUCCAGGCAGCCCUGAGAUAAGGAAGCAGAAACUUAUGUUCAAUGUAAACGACAAGUUACCUGAUGCUGCAAAACCAAGGUGGAUAAAGGGAAAGGAAGAAGAGAAGCAGCGCCUAUUAAAUUUAGCCAAAGAGUGUAGAAACCGUACUGAUGAGUUAUCUACCUCGAAAACAGAUUCAUCUGAUCAUACGAAUACUGACGAAAUUAUGAUCUCUCCUCCAGCAAAAAAAACAUUUUAUUCUUCAGAGCUCUUCGAAAACACUAAAGAAACAUCAGUGUUAGUUAGUGACUCUUCUGUAUCAUCAGGACCAAACUCAUCGUGUGCAAAUUCUGAAGACAAAACCAAUGUAAGUGAGACAACAGCUGCUGUUAGCGAAACAACAUCAGGUGCUAGUUGUAAUUUCUCUGAAGAUCGGUUGUUGGAAACUGGAGCAGAUGCAGGGAGUGUUGUGAGUGAAGGUAUUGAUGAAUUUGGAUCUACAGGUACUGUUACUUAUGAUUGCAUACUGCAAGGUAACACCAUCACUAUCAUCAAGGAUGCAUCCUCCUCAACAGCUGAUGAUACUGGUCCUGAUGUCAUUAUACAGGAGAUAUCACCAUUGCAUGAUGCUUUUCCAGGACCUCUUUUUAAUGCACAAAAAAUCGAUCCAAUUAUUAAAAACUCGCCCACUGACAGUGUGCAACGAAAGUCCUUUAAGACUGAAAAAAAUAAUAAACUAGCAAAUCGUGAUUGUUCAUUAAGGAAUGUGAAGAAGGGGAGCCGCCUGAAAUCAAAAACAAAGAGAUCUCGCACCUCCUUUACACGCGAUGAAGUUGUUGUUUUAUCAGACGAUGACAAUGACAAUAUCUGUGAUGAAAUUGUUGACAUUUCAUCUUCUUCCAGUGAUGACGACUCCAACAAAUGGAAUAAAAAAUGUCAAUAUGGUAUUGCAGAAAAUAAGCAUGCUGAAAAAUCCUUUGUGAAUACUGUGGUUCCCAGUGACAUACCUAAAAGAACUAUUGGAAAUACUGCUGUUCAUCCAUCUAUACUGAAUGCAACAAAAGUUGAGAUUAUAAAAAAGUUGCAAACUAACGUAAGUGCGACACAAAAAGGUUCUGUUAAUGCUGUUUCUAAUAUAAGUGCGGCUCAAAGCACUCCAUUGAAUAAUGUUGAUACUGUACCUAAAGAUUUCCAUUCUGUAACAAAUCCAUGCGUUCCUACAUGCAAAGAUUCAACACUUUCUAAUUUACUGACCACAUCUAGUAUUGCAAAUUUUCCCAUGGAUUCUUCGUUAAGUAGUACAGCUUCUGAAUCAAGUUGUGUUUCAUCAAUUAUUAAUACCCCUUCAGUUAGCGGUAUUUCCUUGCAAAACAAAAGUGUAUCCACAACAAACGUUUUGUCGUCUAAUAUUACACUAUUGAAGGAUAGUAGGGUGGUUACCACAGUACCUAGUAUUUCUGGUCCAGGUGACAUUAUGUCCUUAUCAAGCAAUACUUUAAUUACAGCAAAUGCAAAUACAAACAAUGAGAAUUCAAAAAGUGUUGAGGAGAGGAGUAAUGUUAUAUCAAGUGUUUUAUCUGUGUCAUCAGUCGCAAAAGAUGAUGAAGCUAAAUUAAUUGAUAAUCAUGCUAAGGAACUGCAAAGUACUAUAAAAACUAAUGUUGAUUUACCAUCAGUACUUUCUAACAACAAUGAUUUGAAAUGUGAAGUCCAAGAGAAUGUAAAAACUAGUGGGCUGACACAAAAGAACGAGAAGCAGAAGAACAAGAAACCACCCACAAAAUCAAAGGAUCAUAAGUUGCGAAGUAAUUUUCACUUUGGCACUGCAUCAUUUCUUAGUGAGUUGCUCUCUGAAGUAACACAGAAUAAGAAGAACGUACCAACUGUGAAAGAGCAUGCCAAAAGAGAAGAGACCUGGAAAACAAAUAACAUUAAAAAUAAAACUAUAUCCUGUACUAAUCAGUGUACCUUUAAAGGAAAUACUGAAAAUGGUAAACACGAGAUUAUAAACGAAAUAAGUAAAGAGAAUAUUUCUAUGGCAACAGUUCAAACAAACAAUCUGCAGCCUGAUGCACAACGAAAGCUACUAGAAGAAGGUGAAAACAAGAAUGAUCAUUAUGUAAAUGAAGGAAAAAAACAUGACACGGUUGAAGCUCAGCAUUUUGUAAUGAGUGAUCUUAUGAUAGAUGAAAACAAUGAUGAUAUUACUAGUAUACCCAAAAACGAACAGAUAACUAGUGAUACCGAUGUAACGUAUCAAAGUUAUGCUCAAUGCAGCUUUACAGAAACAGAACCAAAACAACUUGCUUUAGCUGUAAAUGAGUUUAACACGUCGCAUGAGAAUUAUCUUCGUGGAUGUACAUGGUCUCCUGAUGGGUGUUCUAUUUUGACGAACAGUAGUGAUAAUAUAUUGCGUUUGUUUACCAUACCUGAUGACAUUCACAAAAACACUGAUAACGAAUUGAUUGCUUCCCUGAGAAUGAGUGAAGGUGAAACUGUAUAUGAUAUGACAUGGUAUCCGUUUAUGAACUCAGCUGAUCCGGAUACUUGCUGUUUUAUUUCUACAAGUCGAGACCAUCCAAUUCAUCUUUGGGAUGCAUGUACUGGACGUAUCCGUUGCUCUUAUCGCGCCUUUGAUCAGAUGGAUGAGCUUGCAAGUGCAAACAGCAUCGCUUUUAACCUUGACGGAAGUAAGAUUUACUGUGGCUUUAAUAAUGUUGUGAGAGUGUUUGAUUCAGCAAGACCUGGACGAGAUUUUACAGAAAUACACACAGUUGCUAAAAAACAGCCGCACAGAAAAGGACGAAACAGAUUCGCACUUAACAUGAACCAAUCAGGAAUUAUUUCAUCCAUUGGUUUUUCUAGAGAGUACAACGGUUUGUUUGCUCUGGGUUCAUUUUCAAAAUCAAUCGGUUUGUAUUCUACGAGUGAUAACAAGUUGUUGCAUAUUUUAAACGCUGAUGUAGAUGGUCACCUUGGUGGGAUCACUCAAGUAAAAUUUACAGAUGAUGGUUUAUACCUAUUUAGUGGUGGAAGAAAGGACACUGAACUUAUUUGUUGGGAUAUGAGGAACACGACGAUGCCUUUGUUUAAACUCCUUCGUGCAGUCAAUACAAAUCAAAGAAUACAAUUUGAUAUAGACAGAUGUGGUUGUCACGUUGUGAGCGGUGAUAGCAACAAUGUGAUAAAUGUAUGGGAUUUGAACGACAUUUUCGACAAUAUCACCGAUGACGUAAUAUCUCAUCAACCUACUCAUCAAUAUGUUGCUCAUGAAGAUGCAGUCAAUGCUGCGAGCUUACACCCUCGAUUUUGUGGCUGUUCUUUUUAAUAUAAAAAAGGACCCUUUCAUCUUACCCAUAUAGCUCAUAGGAAACGUUUAAAUUUUUAAUUUGUUUAUUCGAUAAGGAUAAUGUAAGCAUACUCUAAACCUGAUUGUGUUUUUCGCAUAAAUGAGGAAUGAGGAAUUUAUGAAAUUUUGUCGCUAAGAAGUGAUCAAUUUAUAUACUACAGACAAAACCUUUUUCGUUUAACAGUCAUUGCCGAAUUUGAAACAAAAUGGCCGUCACCAAAUGGACGCCAGCAACGAUUGACACACCAAUUUCCAUACACUAAUUUUUAUACACUAAUUUUUAUACACUAAUUUUCAUACACUAAUUUUCAUACACUAAUUUUCAUACACCAAUUUUCAUACACUAAUUUUCAUACACCAAUUUCAUACACCACAAAUUCUUAAAGAUUUAGUUCUUUUAUGAAAUCGUUUCCAUGCUCACAAAUAACUGAGAAAUAUAUAAAUGUAAAGGAAUAAUAAUGAUUAUACUAAUUGAAAAAAUUCCUGAAGUUAUAGUAUUAAUCAACACGAAAGUGUCUUGUAAGAUAUAUAAGCUCCCCUUACUCUCGAGUGCGAAACGCUAUUCCGGUGUACCGAAAGUAUGGAUUUAAACAAAUAGCCUAAGAUCAUCAGUGGCGAUCAUUGACAAGUUCAAAAUGCACAUUGUAUGCCUAUGUAAAUUCUUGUGACGGCGAACUCCGAAGUGAGCUAUAUUGUUCCCUCAUGUUUUAUCGUCCAUUGUUGUAGUUCUACUUGGAAUUAUCAGAGGAACGAAAGGUGUAGCUGUUUCUCUUGUUGUCAUAUUUCAUGAAAUAAUAGUUACAACUACUUUACACCUACGCCAAAUAUACAGUACUAUUCAAAGUUCGCUACUAAACUAUAAUAACAAGC